CGGUUACGUUUGCCGUAAACCGAACAGCACCCAGCGAGGCAACAAUAUCAUCAGCAACCAACAAGCAUUCGCCAGCAACCACCGGAGUUCCACGUUCAGAUUCAGAGUCCCAGUGAGGCAGCCGCCAAAAGCCAACGCCAACGCCAACGACAACGACAACGACAACGACAACGUCAUUGAAAAGAAACCCGUCUGUAUCGAUAUCGGACCGAGUCCAACAGCGGAGAAAUCGCGACGAACGAAGAUCGCAGAUCGAAGAAUAUUGACAAGUGCCCAAACAAAUCCACCGACUAAGAGGAAACUCACUCGCCCGCAAAGCGAACUGCCAAGGAACUCGAACUCUCAGACAAGAAGAAGCCACCUAUUGGGGUUGAGUAGAAGGAUGUCGGACAAGUAUCAGGACAAGAAGAUCGAAACUUCUGUGGCCGUGACCCUCAACGAGGAUGCCCAGGUGGCCAGCUGCAGCUUCAGAGCCGGCGACGGGGCCGCUGGUGACGCCGGAGACGCCGGAGACGCCGGAGACGCCGGAGCCGCUGGAACAGAUGCAGGAGCCGAGGACGCUGCAGGUGCCGACGGAGGAGCUGCAGGCGGCGACAAUGGAGCCGCAGGUGCCGACGGAGGAACCGCAGGAGCCCACGGAGGAGCCGCAGAUGCCGACGGAGGAGCCACGGCAACCGAGGUAGGAGUGGCUGUUGCAGCUCCGUCCUUGGUGGUGGUACACCGGGAUCCGGAGCAAGGUGGGGAUGUGGAUCGCGACAGGGAAUCAUCGCACGGCGACAGGUGA